UGCGCACUCUCCUAUAAAGCAGACGCUGCGCCGCGCCACUGUAGUGGCUUCGUCCUUAGCCUUUCUCUCCCUUCACUGACGCCUUGCGGCUCUCGUCAGCCUUCGGCCAGCCGUCUCCUUAACACCGAACACCAUGCCUUCAAUUAAAUUGCAGAGUUCUGAUGGAGAGAUAUUUGAAGUUGAUGUGGAAAUUGCCAAACAAUCUGUGACUAUCAAGACCAUGUUGGAAGAUUUGGGAAUGGAUGAUGAAGGAGAUGAUGACCCAGUUCCUCUACCAAAUGUUAAUGCGGCAAUAUUAAAAAAGGUUAUUCAGUGGUGCACCCACCACAAGGAUGACCCUCCUCCUCCUGAGGAUGAUGAGAACAAAGAAAAGAGAACAGAUGAUAUUCCUGUUUGGGACCAAGAAUUCCUGAAAGUUGACCAAGGAACACUUUUCGAACUCAUUCUGACUGCAAACUACUUAGACAUCAAAGGUUUGCUUGAUGUUACAUGCAAGACGGUUGCCAAUAUGAUCAAGAGGAAAACUUCUGAGGAGAUUCGCAAGACCUUCAAUAUCAAAAAUGACUUUACUGAAGAGGAGGAAGCCCAGGUACGCAAAGAGAACCAGUGGUGUGAAGAGAAGUGAAAUGUUGUGCCUGACACUGUAACACUGUAAGGAUUGUUCCAAAUACUAGUUGCACUGCUCUGUUUAUAAUUGUUAAUAUUAGACAAACAGUAGACAAAUGCAGCAGCAAGUCAAUUGUAUUAGCAGAAUAUUGUCCUCAUUGCAUGUGUAGUUUGAGUACAGAUUCCAAAUCUAUGGCUGAGUUUCUUCUAGUAUGAUUGAAAGUUUCUUUUUUCUUUGCUCUGAAUAAAACUGAACUGUGGGUUCUCUAUAAA